AUGGAUAAAGUUUCCAAGAAACUAUCAGAGGCCAAAGAAGAUGUUGUCACGGCCUAUCAAACCGAUGCUAAUGUCAAUAGAGUCAAGCGCUGGGCUGGGCCUAUUGCUCGUCGCACCCCGUCUGCCGCGGCUGAGUAUCUCUAUGAGAAGUUCCCCAUCGUCCAGUGGCUGCCUCGAUACAACCCCAAAUGGCUUCUGAACGACUUUGUCGCUGGCAUCACCGUUGGUGUGAUGUUUGUGCCACAGGGUAUCUCUUACGCUAAAAUUGCGACCAUCCCUGUGGUGCAUGGUCUCUACUCUGCUUGGAUUCCGUCUUUACUUUAUCUGUUCAUGGGAACUUCAAAAGAGAUAUCCACUGGACCGACAUCUGUUCUUGGGCUUCUUACAGCAGAGGCAGUUGCCUCUUUGCCUGAUGAAGACCCGGCUACGGUUGCCUCAGCCGUGGCAUUCAUGGUUGGCGUCUAUGCUCUUAUUGUUGGAGCCCUCAAACUUGGAUUCCUACUCGACUUCGUCAGCGGCCCUGUCUUGACUGGAUGGAUCUCAGCUGUUGCUUUGGUCAUCUUGCUUGGGCAAGUCGGUUCUCUGGUCGGCUUGACCGUCGGUUCUACAACUGUAGAGAUUAUUCGCGGAGUCCUCGGCCACCUUGACAAAAUCCAAGGAAUGACAGCGUGCAUUGGGUUGACGGGCAUUGCGAUGCUCUUAGUCUUCGAGCAUGUUGGCAAGACCAUCGGCAAGAAGAACAAAUGGAUCAAGUUUGUUUGCACCAGUCGAGCUGCGGUUGUUCUCAUCAUCUACACCCUCAUCUCCUGGGGUGUUAACAAGGACCGUGGCGAGAAGAACUAUAUGUGGGCUGUGACUGAGAUUAAUGCCAAUGGACUUGCCAAGGCUAAGACUCACGACACCAAUCUGCUCGCCAAGGUGGCUGGUCGAUCUGUGGCCCCGUUUAUCGCCAUGUCGAUUGAACAUCUUGGAGUCGGAAAGGCUUUUGGUCUACGCAACGGAUAUGACAUUGAUCGCUCUCAAGAGCUCUUGUUCCUCGGCACUGCCAACAUGGUUGCUAGUAUUCAAGGCUCGAUGGCGUCUGGAGGUGCCAUGAGUCGUACGGCUGUUUCUAGCGAGGCCGGUUCUAGGUCUCCUUUGAACUUUAUUUUUACUGCUGGAUUUGUUCUCUUGACUCUCUAUGAGCUUGCUCCAGCUUUGUACUGGAUUCCCAAGGCCACUCUUGCUGCUAUCAUUAUCAUGGCUGUUGCUCAUCUCGUCUCCCCCCCCAAGCUCUUUUAUCGGUACUGGAGGAUCAGCUUCAUCGAUUUUGUUGCUUCAAUGCUGGGAUUCUGGGUCACCCUUUUCACCACAACGGAAAUUGGUCUCGCCGUGUCUGUCGGCUUUAGUAUCGCCUACACUCUCCUCAGGCUUGCUUUCCCUCGUCUGGUCAAGAUUUCUCAUUCGCAAGCAGAGAAUAACCAUUGGUCUUUCUCAAAGAACCGCCCUAAGGACUCAGAAAUCGAUGUUCCCUCGGAGGCAUACCUAGUCAAAUUUACUAGUGAUAUGCUGUUUCCCAACGCUGAACGACUCAAGAAUUCCAUUGUUGAGGAUAUCAAAGUUCGUUAUGAAGCUACUUCUGCAAUGGUUCAGGCUGCCGAAGAAAACCGAGUUUGGAACGACUCGACGAAGAGACGAGUCGCAAAGAUCCGUCACCGCGAACAAAUAGCGCCCAUCUCAACCGACGCUUAUCCUUUACGUUACAUUGUUCUCGAUUUUGAGAUGAUUUCAUUUAUUGACACAACUGCUGUUCUACUACUUAUCGAGUUAAAGAUGUCUCUGCGCAAAUACUUGGGCAAGGAGUUGCAAUUCCGCUUUGUCAACAUGGCUCCCCAAGUUCUUGAAAGGUUCACCCGCUCAGAGUGGGAAUUCGUUCGCGAGGGCGAAGAGCGCACUGGAAAUGACGAUGUCAUCUUCUCUUCCUUUGAGGCUGCUCUAUUGCACCGCGAUGGAGAUGAUAAGGACGAGAAGGUCCAGUAUGUGGAGAAGGCGGUCGACGUUUAG